AUGACAAAUAAUUUUGUCAAUAAAACGUUAAGACAUGUUGUGACGGACACUAACAGCUCAUACACUUUGGCGCCAUUUGACGACAGAUUGAUGCAAGAGUUGGUCAGCGCCGGCAUAAAUGGUCGACAUCUUGGCGUAGACCUGAAUACCGGUGCCGAACAUCAAGAUCUGGACGACUAUAUCGCCUCUCUGUGCAACCUAUCGUUUGGCUGCUAUUUGCGGCACUCCAUCACAUGGACCAUAGCCUACCUGAUAGCCUAUAUAAUAGUGUUUCUCAUCGGACUAAUCGGCAACCUAUCGGUGCUUUGGAUAAUCUAUGCGUUACGCAAACAGACUAACAGUUCGGUGUCCGUAUCGUCCAAUAAAGUCUUUUACCGAUUUGUCGGUAAUCUGGCGUUGGCCGACCUAUUGGUUGUUUUGUUUUGUUUGCCGCCGACACUAAUUGGAAAUAUUUUUGGCCCUUGGCUUUUGGGUCGUUUCAUCUGUAAAGCCGUUCCCUAUCUUCAGGGCGUAUCGGUUAACGCUUCGGUGUAUACAUUAGUGGCCAUAUCUAUAGACAGAUUUUACGCCAUAUAUUACCCAUUGGGCCGUAAAUGUGGCAAAAACUUGUGCCGUAUUGUUAUAACACUUAUAUGGAUCCUAUCGUUUGGCGUGUCGUUCCCGUGGCUCAUAUACUUUGAAUUGAUGCCAAUGUUUACUGAAAAGUACACCGAAUUACAGAUAUGUCAAGAUGUGUGGCCAACUCCUAGUGCCGCCAAAACCUACUUUUUAGUCGUCAAUCUUGGCUUUCAAUAUCUGUUGCCGUUGUCUAUCAUUGCAUUCUUCUAUAUACUGAUAUUAUUGAAGAUAGGGCGCCGACGGCUACCCAAACUGGCCCGACAUUUACCGGCCAAUCUUAAAGAUGGUAACCAACAGAGCAAUCACGUGAUCGAGAGGUCCAAAAUAAAAGUAUUCAAAAUGUUAAUCGUAAUUGUAAUGUUGUUUGCCCUGUCAUGGCUACCCCUGUACGUGAUAUUUGCAUUUAUCAAACUCGGGCCGACUCUGGACGAGAACAGUUGGACAACACAAUUGUUGACCACAGGAGCACCGAUAGCUCAAUGGUUGGGUGCAUCCAAUUCAUGUGUUAAUCCGAUACUGUAUUUCUUUUUUAACAAUAAGUUUCGAAGUUUUUAUAAAAAUUCGUGGAAAAAGACCUUUUCGUGUCUGUCCUCUCAAAGAGACGACAAGACUAUUGUGACGGCUGUUUAACAACAAAUAUAAUCACUAUUUAUGUUUAAUUGUCUAUUAGUCUGUAUAUGGGUUGAGUGUAUGUGUGAGUGAGUAGAGAGAGAGAGAGAGAG